CACGAACAGCAACAACACUCUCAUCACUUUCCUCGCCACGUCCAAUCUACAUCGACGCGGCAACACUAUAAACCUCAAAAGCGACUCGUCGUAGAGCUCAACAUCCCGCAGCUGUAAACCUCGCCGCGGCCUUUCCAGCUCUCUUAGCGUGAAAUCGCCUCUCGUCGACAACUUCGACCAGACAGACGCCUCCUUCCCUCCCCUUCUUUUCUUACCCACCACCUACCACACACCACAACUCGCCCAACAUGGCUAUGCCUGGAGGAAUGCCCAUGGUGGUCAUGAACACUGGGCCCGAGCGCCAGCAGGGCCGCAAGGCUCAGACGGCCAACAUUGUCGCUGCCAAGACUGUCGCCGAUGUCAUCAGGACAUGUCUCGGCCCCAAGGCCAUGCUCAAGAUGGUCCUCGACCCCAUGGGCGGUAUCCUGCUUACCAACGACGGCCACGCCAUUCUCCGUGAGAUCGACGUUGCCCACCCCGCCGCCAAGUCGAUGAUCGAGCUCUCGAGGACGCAGGACGAGGAGGUCGGUGACGGCACUACCUCUGUCAUCAUCCUUGCCGGUGAGAUCCUUGCCUACUCGCUCCCUCUCCUUGAGCGUCACAUCCACCCCGUUGUCAUUAUCCGCGCGUUCAAGGCCGCGCUCGACGAUGCCCUUUCCACCAUCCAGAAGAUCUCGAUCCCCGUCGACAUCUCGUCUGAAAAGGACAUGCUUUCGCUGAUCAAGACUUCGAUCGGCACCAAGUUUGUCUCGCGCUGGUCGGACCUCAUGUGCCGCCUCGCUCUCGACGCCGUCCGCACCGUCGCCGUCACUGCCGAGGCUGAGAACGGUCUCGUUGGCUCCAGCUCCGAGGACGGUGGCGCCGCGUUCAACAUCAAGACUGUUGACAUCAAGCGCUACGCCCGUGUUGAGAAGGUUCCCGGUGGUGAGAUUGAGGACUCGCGCGUCCUCAAGGGUGUCAUGGUCAACAAGGACGUCACCCACCCCAAGAUGCGCAGGAGGAUUGAGAACCCCCGUAUCAUCCUCCUCGACUGCCCUCUCGAGUACAAGAAGGGCGAGUCGCAGACCAACAUUGAGAUUUCCAAGGAGGCCGACUGGAACCGUGUCCUUCAGAUCGAGGAGGAGCAGAUCAAGUCAAUGUGUGACAAGAUUAUCGAGUUCAAGCCUGACAUCGUGUUCACCGAGAAGGGCGUUUCCGACCUCGCUCAGCACUACCUCCUCAAGGCCGACCCGCCUAUUACCGCCAUCCGCCGUGUGAGGAAAUCGGACAACAACCGUAUCGCCCGUGCCGUUGGCGCUACCAUUGUCAACCGUGUCGACGACCUCCGCGACUCGGAUGUCGGUACCGGUGCCGGCAUCUUCUACGUCGAGAAGCUUGGUGACGAGUACUUCUCGUUCAUCGACGAGUGCAAGUCGCCCAAGGCGUGCACCAUCCUUCUCCGCGGUCCCUCCAAGGACAUCCUCAACGAGAUUGACCGCAACCUUGCCGACGCCAUGUCGGUUGCCCGUAACGUUGUCUUCAACCCCAUCCUUGCCCCCGGAGGUGGUGCUACCGAGAUGGCCAUCUCGGUCGCCCUGUCCGAGCGGGCAAAGUCGCUCCCCGGUGUCGCUGGUGCUCCCUACAAGGCGAUCGCCGACGCGCUCGAGGUCAUUCCCCGCACGCUUGUCCAGAACUGCGGUGGCAACGCCAUCCGCACGCUCACCGAGCUCCGUGCGCUGCACUCGGAGGGCAAGAACUACUAUGGUGUCGACGGCGACACUGGCAAGGUUGUGGACAUGCGCGAGUACGGCCUGCUCGAGUCUGCAAGUGUCAAGAUCCAGACGCUCAAGACGGCCAUUGAGUCUGCUACCCUGCUGCUCCGUGUCGACGACAUUGUGUCUGCCAGGCGACCUGACGAGCACGCCGGUGGUGUCCAGACCAUGGGCGAGGGCCAGGCCGAGGACCUCCAGCCUGACGGCGUGCAGAUGUAAAGAGCAUAGUAUAGCCACAUCUAUUUUACGGGGAGGAUAGUAGUAGUCAUUGCAUGCACACUGUCAUGAUAGAGCAGAAAGAAAGACACAUCACACUGCACAACGGCACGCCCAACCAUCGCACAUGGGAGCCGACGAGCGACGAGCACCCGUUGUCGCCGUCGAGUUCGAGCAACACGCCAUACUUUACACGGCGGCUCUCGUCCGCGUCGUUAAAGGCCGCGCCGUCGGCUCCGUCCGCAUCCAACGAUCCCCCGAGCCGGCGGCACGCGUCGACCAUCAGCUCUGGCUCGCCCGCGCCCGCGGCGCCAGGGCCGGCGCCUACGCCGUCCGCGCUGAGCCUCUCAACCCCGUCACCAACCUCGACGCCGCGCCAGCGCCGCGCGCAACCAGGCGCCGUAGCGACCCCGCUCGACGCCGACCUGCUCGGCAUUGGCCCAUCGCGCCGCCGGCCAGCACUGGGGCGCGCGGCGUCCCGCUCGCCCGCGACGUCGGCCAUCUUCGCCGAGGAGGAGACGCCGCGCAAGCCGCGCGCUGCUGAGGCGCGUGACAGCCCGGCGCGGGAGAGCCCGGCCCCCGAGACGCCAGGCGACUGGGCACAGUACCUCGACUCCCUCGACCGCGACGAGCUCGCCCUCCUCGACACGCGGUGGGAGGACAUGACGGACGGCGAAAUCGCGGCGUUCUUGGAGCCGUACCACCCUGCUGGCUCGUCGGUGACGAGUGCGCCGCCGCGCGCCGGCGGGAAGAAGGGGAACGGGGACGUCGAGCCGCUUUUCCCGCCGUCGCCGCCGGGCGGGGUCGUUCAUGACCUUGAACACCCGCUGCGCGUGCUCAGCCGCGCGGUGCGCGAGCUGCGCGAGGCCGUGACGCGCUUGGAGGAGGAUAAUAAGCGGCUGAGGCUGGACGCCGCGGCUCGGAGGGCCUCGGACGUGUCGCUUGUCACAACACCAGUGCGAUCACAUGUGGACCAGACGCUGCACGAUGGCCUCGCCGACGCGUUAUCGACAAGCCUCACGUCGCCGAUCAAGCGGGCAGGCCUGGUGUUGGAGGAGGCUCCGCGGUCGUCCGUGUCCCCGACGCCGUCGAUCGUGAGCGUCACGCCGAGCCUAUCCCGCGCCAAGUCGCCCGCGCCGUCGCACACGUCUGCGCGGUCCGUCGCGUCUAUCCCCGAGCGGCCGCGCUCGUCGUCCGCUUCCGCAAGCGGGUCCUACGGACACGGAGGGCACAAGCGUAACUCUGGCUGGGGCAGCAUCUGGGGAUGGGGGAAGAAGCCCGGGCGCAAGGGGAGCAUCGCGUCGCUCAGUGGGUCCAUCACGCCGAGUGUGGCUGUCGUCGAGGAGGACAGCGACGACGAGUGGCGGCGCGGUGAUGGCGGGAGCACGCCGAGCUUCCGGGCGAUCUUUCUGGCAACGCGUAUUCUCACGCCUGAUCCUUCGUCUCUGUUGGUUGACUCGGCACGCAUCAACACGUCGUCGUCGAUUGCGCGGCUCGCGCACACGCUGGUUAGCAACGCGCGCGACGGGGACGUGGUGCCGCGCGACCCGCCGACGGCGAAGCGGGAGCGUGCGCGGAGCCGCGCCGCGAGCGUUACGAGCCAGCAGGCUGCGGCUGCGGCUGCCGUCGAGCCGGCCACAGCGUCAGCAAUGGCGACGUCGCUCGGCUCGGCGAGCGCGAUCGAGAGACGCGACCCGAGCGGGGCAGGAUACUCUGACCAGGCGAUCGCGGCGACCGUUGCUGUGGGCCGCACGCUGUUAUCCCGCGGCAAGGCGGCAAUCUCGGGCAAGAUCGACGAGCCGAUGGCGCGCCCGGCGUUAGUCAACCGCGCGACGUCGAGACCGUUCCCCACGACAGCGAUGGCCCCGGCGCUCCAGUCGCCUGGGGAGCCCGGGUUCCCGCUGCACACGGACACGCCGCCGCCGAGCGUUGAGCUCGGCACCAUCGUACCGGAUGAGGCCAGGCCGCCGACCGUGCUCUUGUCGCGACAGAACCUCGCCAGCUUCUUCCAGUCGUCCCGCGUUGGCGCGCCGAAGCUCGCCACGGCGACGCGGUUUACAAGCGACCAGCCUCCGCUGACAGACCGCUAUGGUUUUAUUUAUGACAUCCAACACGCGAGCAUGCUCAAGGACGCGAGCAGAGCCGGCACGCCGGCACCCAUCUCGCUCACCGGACAUGUGCCGGAGCUGACCGAGCUGCCGUCGUCGCGGUCGUCUACGCCUGCUGCGAGGCUUCCUGCCACGCGCACAAAUUCGACGUCCACAAAGGCGUCAUCGACGGCAUCGCUCAAACCCCCGGCUGUUCGUUCCGACUCGGCUUCGUCGCACUCGCGCGAGAGCACGCCUGGGUCGCCAAUCAGCCACACGCCCGAGACCACACCGAAUGGGACCCCUAGGAAGCGCACCACUGCCCUUCAGCGGUCCCUCGCCCCUGCACCGUCCAAGCCGACGUCUGCAAAGGACCAGACCACCGUGUCGGUACGCGGUGCGUCGAGCUUACAGACCGGCGUGUCGGCGUCGGCACUGUCUCACCCCGCCACGCCGCUGGCCGAGCCCAGUGCAUCUCGCCUCACGGUAUCGUCGCUGCUCGACCAGCUGACCGACAUCCAUGACAAGCAGCAAAAGGCACGCACGACGGAAUGGGACGCGUUCUUGCGCAAGAAGACUCGCGCAAGAAUCAGACCCUCGUCUGUUGCUGGGUCUGAGCGGCGCGGAAAUGGCGUCCAGGACGUGGGUGUCGGCGCGGCUUUGGCUGCCGUCGUCAACAUGGGUGGCGGGGCGGGCGGCAAGACGGGCCAGGAAGAGUACCGCGCGUUCCUGCGCCUCGUGCGCAGAGGUAUUCCCAUCCCGUACCGUGCCGACGUCUGGGCCGAGUGCUCGGGCGCGAGGGACCUGCUUGUUCCCGGAGAAUAUGCCGAAAUCCUCGCAGUGCACAAGGACGAUAAGAGCCCCGUGAUCGCCGAGAUUGAGAAGGACGUGGGGCGCACGUUCCCCGGCAACGUCUUCUUUGGCGGCGACGGGCCAGGCGUAGCCAAGCUCCGCCGCGUGCUCACCGCAUACUCGUGGCACAACCCCGCUGUGGGAUACUGUCAAGGCAUGAACAUGCUCGCGGCGACUCUGCUGCUCACGCACACGGACGAGGAGCAGGCGUUCUGGGUGCUCCACUGCAUCAUUGAGCGACUCCUCCCGCAGGACUACUACACGCCGACGCUGCUGGGCUCACGGGCGGACCAGCACUUGGUCGCACAACAUGUACCCCGCGUCGCUGUGCACCUCGACAAGCUGCAGGUCGACCUGGCUUCGGUGACGUUUGGCUGGUUCCUGUCCCUGUUCACCGACUGCCUGCCGGUUGAGACGCUCUUCCGGGUGUGGGACGUGUUCUUUGUCGAGGGGCAUGACGUGCUGUUCCGCGUCGCGAUCGCCAUUCUCAAGAUCAACGAGACGGACCUGCUGGCGUGCGACAGCGUCGGCGACCUGUUCACUUUUAUCUCCGGCAUGACGAGCAGGCUGUGGGGCGCCGACAAGCUCAUUGCAUUACAGCACAGCUACAAGAGCGUCAUUCGGCAUGCGGACAUUCAGGCGUUGUACGACAAGGCAGUAACCUUCACACCAAGCCUCAUCCCGUACGCGGACAAGCGCGCCCUCGUCGACGAGUUCGUCGGGCGCAAGCUCUCUUCCCUGCGCACGCCGGCGCUCAUCGUCGACCGUAAGGGGUUCGCGGCGAACUGCGACUUCGUCACGGGCGAGAUCAAGGCCAAGGGGCUCGGCUUUAGGGCGCAUAUCAAGACGCACAAAACCGCCGAGGGCGUCCGCCUCCAGGUUGCGCCCGGCGUGUCCGCCCUCGUGACCUCCACGCUGCCCGAGGUCUGGGGCGUGCUCGAGAGCGGGCUCGUGUCCGAGGGCAAGGUGACUGAUAUUCUCUACUCCCUCCCCGUGUCCGAGGACCGCCUCGAGGACCUGACCGACGCGCAAGAGAAGGCGGGCGACGGCGCCGCCAUCCGCGUCAUGGUCGACCACGCCGAGCAGGUCGAGGCCCUCGCGCGCGGGCACGCGGCCCUCAACCGCCGACGCAAGUGGAGCGUGUUCGUGAAGGUCGACGGCGGUGCCCACCGCGCCGGUGCUCCUCCCCGCUCGGCACAGAUGAAGGACCUCGUCGAGGCGCUCAUCAAGGCCAGCGACUCGGUCGAGGUGUUUGGCUUCUACUCCCACUUUGGCAACUCGUACAAGUCGACCAACCUCAACGAGGCGGGCAAGUACUACGCCGGCGAGAUUGACUGCGUGAACGACGCGGCAAAGUACGCGCGCGAGCUGGGCCUCAAGGGCGAGUGGACGCUCAGCGUAGGCGCGACGCCUACCGCGCACGCCGCUGCGCUCGGCGCCGCGACCGAGGGCGGGCUGGCGGGAACGCUCGAGGUGCACGCCGGGUGCUACUGCCUCAACGACCUGCAGCAGAGCGCGACGGGCCUGGUGAAGGACCAGCGGACGACGGCGCUGACGGUGCUGGGCACCGUCGUGUCCAAGUACGCCGACCGCGGCGAGGGCAUGUGCGAUAUCGGCGCGCUGGCCGUCAGCAAGGACCAGGGCCCGAUCCCCGGCCACGGCGGCGUCGUCACCCCCGGCCUUGAGGGCUGGAGCCUCGGGCGUAUCUCCCAAGAGCACGGCACGCUGGUAAAGAUCGACGCCGGCGCACGCGAGCUGCAGAUUGGCGAGCGCCUGCGCGUCGUGCCCCAGCACGCAUGCCUCGCCUGCGCAAACUUCCCAUGGUUCUACGUUGUGGACGGAGACGGAGACACGGUAGUCGACGUGUGGGUCCCGUGGCGCGCGUGGUAG